AUGACGCCCGUCGACCUGCUAGCACAUGAAGCAGAACGCAUCUAUGCCACUAAGAUGGAGUCAGCGCCGAGUCCUGCUGAGCUAAAGGGUGUUAAGGCUGCGGCACGUCAGUGGACAUUCAGGCUUAUUCCCGAUCUGAAAAUGUGGUUUAAUCGGAAGCAUGGCGAGGUAACUUUCGAGCUCACACAGAUACUUAGCGGUCAUGGAUGCUUUGGGGAAUAUCUCUACAGAUUUGGUCACCAGGCGAGUGCGGAAUGCACUUGGUGCUGGAACGAAAGGCAGGAGGCCGAACUGCUCUGUGGCGAGCCAUUAUCUUCACAGAAUCUGGUUCCACUGAUGACGCUAAACCAACGAAAUUGGACAGCUAUUUGCACCUUUGCGGCACAGGUGAUCUGCAAGCUACGCGCGCCCUAA